CCUCACCCUUCAUUUCCUUUCUCUGGCGGUCUAGCUUUAUUAGCCGAAGAGCUGGCGAACAAUCAAGCGAGACUGGAGGGCCAAGAGGAAGAAUACUCUAACGAAAGGGUGGUUAGAGCCCUUUACGACGCACUGGAUUCUCGUGACGUUGAAACGGUGCACCGCCUGCUGGCAGCAGACCUCGAGUGGUGGUUUCACGGCCCGCCAUCACAUCAGCAUUUGAUGCGGUUGCUCACUGGAUCAACUGACCCCUUCAUUUUUGUUCCUCUGAGUGUUACUGCCUUCGGUUCCUUGGUCAUUGUCGAGGGUUACAACAAGGAACUCGACGCUUCUUGGGUGCAUGCUUGGACCGUCACUAAUGGGAUAUUAACUCAAGUUAGGGAGUAUUUUAACACAUCUCUCACCGUCGCCCGACUUAGCAACUCGGAGGGAGGUCCACCGUCGAUAUCGUCGGCCCCGACUGUCGGAGCUAAUUGCCAGAGUGUUUGGCAGAGCAAGCUCUGUGAUGACAAGUCUGUGCCUGGCCUUGUUUUAGCUCUCUAGCUACGUAGUCAUCUGCACUCUGGUUUAAUAAGGAGCAUAAUUCUCUAUUUGCCUUCUUGUUUCCUCCGCUCUUUCUUGUUUGUCGUUGACAGGCUCGUUAGUUUGAUGUCUUUCUUGUGUAAUUUAUGUGUUGAAAUCAUGAAUAGAAUGUGUACUACUUACUUAA